GGGAUUUCGAUUGUCAUCAGCGCUGAGAUUCCGAUUGCAACUAGGGCGUGGAGGCGUGGCAAGCGGAAGGAAACUGGAGCCAGGAUGAAGCUUGUCAGCUUUGAAACCACGACACAUUUGCCAAUAUUCUCAAGUUACAUCUUGAGUACAGUGUUUUCGCAGGGCUUGAGGGAGAGACAGCAUAUCCACUAAUUAAUUAAUUAGUUGUACAUUAUCUACUCAUAUCGUUACUGUAGACACCAUAAUCCGGGAAUAUGAAUAUGGCUGGGCUGGCACCCGAGGUUCGAGGUCUUCAAACAGAUGAGAAUGAAGCAAGAAUUCUUAGAGUCAAAGUCAUUGCAGGAAUGGGACUGGCCAAGAAAGAUAUUCUAGGUGCAAGUGAUCCAUAUACAAAGGUCUCACUCUAUGAUCCUGUCAAUGGUGAACUGACAAGUGUUCAGACCAAGACGAUUAAAAAGACAUUGGACCCAAAAUGGAACGACGAAUUCUUUUUCAGAGUAAGUAAACAAUCAGCCUAGAUCUGAUGUGUGUUGCGUUGUGAUGUCAUGGAAACAAAGGCACUGAAUGGAAACAAUUUACCUUUCCUCACUCUCAGCAUGCUAUCUGUUCUUAACCCUUAACAGCCCUAACCGUUUCCUCGUUUCCCCACAUUCUUAAGCAGAAAUGGGCUGUUUGUCAUGUUUGUCCUGUUUACAUAAGUAUUUUGUGCGUCCCCAUAUCAGAGCUUAGACAAUACUUUAAUAUCAAAUCUUUUUUCUUUUUUGUUUUGACCACUAUACUUCUAGUAGUGUGUUUUAAGCCAACACCUAAAUGCCUUUAUGUCCCUCAUCUGUCAUGCCUCUCAACAGCGCUGAGUCUGUUGCUGCCACCUUGGCCUUGGAUCCUUAUCGCUUGUGAGCAUUUGGCUGUGCAAACAUACUGGCUGGUUAAAUGUUAAAGCAUGUGCCUUUGAGAAGUUGUGGGCAGCAUAGGACUCAGUGGUGCAUGGCUGCCUUUGGACAUUAUGCUGUUAGAGCGCUCUGUUAAUCUGUUGGGAUCAUUAGCCUAAUGAUGGCUCUUUCAUAUGUGGAGGAGCCCAGUCGCAUGUGGGAGAGGUGCAGCUGCCUGUGUGGUGGUACUCAAGUUACUUUUACAUUUUAUUUAAACAAACAAUCCUUUGAACAGGAUGACGGUCAUCAUUUUCUGAUGUUGUGACAGUAUAGUUCAUAGAAUGUAUGGUCAUGUGUGAGUGAUGUUUUGACUUAACAUCAAGAUAUAACUUUCUCAGUAUCUCACAGGAAGCCACACAUACCACCACCAUGUAGAACCUGCUUCCACAGUAUCUGGCAUAGCAGUCAUGGCCUAGCAGUGUCAUUCCUAUUAUGAACACAACUUAACUUGUUUUCUUUUCUCUGACCUUCACCGGUCACAGGCUCCUUCAAAUAUUUACAAUGUGGUUCCACGUCAGCUCACUACCAUGUUUGUUUUAGUUUAAAGAUAUAACUAAAGCAGUAUGAUACCUCAUUAGUAGAGCUGCCCGGACCUCAGCUCUUUUUUAAAUUAAAAGCAGCCAAAAGAAAGCUUCCACACAGCUACAUCUGGUCUAGACUUUGUCAGUCUCCAAUAGCUUUUGCAUGAUACUACAGUAAUCUGAUGGAGGAAACUAGGUGGGCAUAUAAAAUAAGUAAGGGAUAAUGGCCGCCGAGGUAUGCCGUUGUAUGAAAUUAUGGAUGAGGGAGUUUCCUCCAGCAAAUCCAUUAAGUAAGGGAUAAUUUUUGAAAAAUAAAUCCUUUCAGGACAAUACAAGAUCCUGUUCGUCCUGUCAGCAAUAGUAACUAAGGGGGUGGGAAUUUUGUAUAAUGGGACACCUCAAAGACCAUUAUCCCGCUUAUACUCUGGUUGCCUCACAUAUAUUUAGGCAUGCAUGUGUAGACCACAAAGGAAACAUUUGGUUCUGUUUAAAAAGGAGGCAACCUGUUUAUUUCAUAGUACUACUUUAUUUGGUCGCAGACAAGGAUAAAGUUGGGUAGUUUGCUUGGUUACAGUUGAUUCCACUGUUGCUAAGCCUGAAUACUUUAGCUUACUAGCUGUUUCUGAUUCUAUAGUUGCUAGCUUGCUAGUUCUCCAGAUAACACGGAAUUCAUCGAGUUUACACCAUGAGUUUGGCAAAAUGAGAGAAUACGUUUAUUGUGCUCAUUCCUUAGCUAACCUGACUACACACUCACUGUAGUAGCCUCUAUUUCCAGAGUAUUGAUAUAGGACAGUGAUUAAACUAGAUUCACUAGAACGACUCCAUAGGUGUCCAGUUAUAGAGGAUUAAUGGACACCUGCCAGCCCGUCAGAAGUCUCUGGGGUAUAAAUGGUGUUGCUGCUGCUGCACACCUGUAUAAUGUAGUGUGUAGGCCUCCUUGGGAGUGGAAGAGUUAAAUAUUGACAUAUUUGCACCACAUGCUGUAGAAGCAUUCAAGGGUGUUUGUCAGACGAAUGUCUCGCUAGAGGGCAGGCACGCAUGCUUGAGCAGCCAUCCAUGCAGGCUAUUUCACUGCUAUAUACAGUCCCCUCCACAUUUACUGGCACCCCUGGGAAAGAUGAGGAAAAAGUGUUGUAUACAAAUGAAUCUUUUGGUGAAUUAGCUUAGUCGCACUCUGAAAUAGCCUCACGAGAAAAAAAGCCAAACUUCAAAAUCAAGUACAUUUAUUCUGAGAAAAAAAUAUAUAUUAUUAUUUUUAACAAAACUACAUAUGCCACAAUUGUUGGUACCCCUGCAUGUAAUACUUUGUCCAGCCUCCCUUUGCCAAUCAAACAGCACUGAUUCUUCUCCUAUAACAUCUUAUAAGGUUGGAGAAUACAGAGCGGGG